CCAUUUCUUCGAACCUUCCAUCAAUAAUGGCAUCUCGCUACAAUUCCUACGAUUCUAGAUCAUCGGUAACCUCCUCGAUUCACUCAGAUCGAUCUUCCUCUGCCGAAUUCAAAUCGAACAAGCCAAUUUCAUCCAAAGCCAUUGUCAGAUCCAAAUCUUCCUACUUAACCAAAACAACGAAAUCCAUCAAGCCUGAUAGUAAUCCCGGAAACCUUACUAGUAUGAUGAAGAAGCUAAUGGAGAUGAAGAAAUCUAAUUCCAAGAGCAAGAGGGUCGAGCUUGUGAUUCCCGAGGAACUGAAGAAAAUUGAUACUGUGAGAGGAGGAAAGAGUACAUUGGGAACAUUGCAGAGGAAGCUAUUCGGGAAGGAAAAGGUGAAGGCAUUGACAGAGGUUAAGAGUAACACUAGGACAUUGUCUUUGGUUCUUAGAAGCGAGAGGGAGCUUCUUAGCAUGAACAAGGACCAGGAGGUUGAAAUUGCUGAGCUUAAGUUGCAGCUUGAAGAUAAGAACAGAGAAGUGGAGAAGUUGAAGGAUCUGUGUCUGAAGCAAAGGGAGGAGAUAAAGUCACUGAAGAGUGCAGUUCUGUUUCCGGAUGCGAUGAACAGCCAAAUCAGCCAAAUGCAGGAGCUGAACCAGGCGAGGCAGAUCAUCCCUAACCUUCAAAAGCAGGUCAUUUCACUCAAUGGCCAGCUCCAAUGCAUUGCUCAAGACCUUGCUGAGGUGAAGGCGAACAAGUACUUGUCAGAAAGCUGUUAUUGGCAAGCACAGACUUCUUCCUAUGAUUCAUUGGAAUUCAGCUCAGGCAGCCCUGAUGGAUUGGCUCUAGAAGAUCUUAAUCCAUGUCUAACCCCUUAUACCAAGAAGAAGCCUAAGGAGUUUGAGAGGAUUGAUUCAGCAGAAGAGAGCUUAUCAGGGAGAAGCACUAUAACAACAACAGGAGGUAAAGUCAAAUCGAGUUCGAAAAGUGUAAAGAUGUCAAGGAGCUCAGAGGGAAAGGCAGGGCAGAGAUCAGAGGAGAGCAAAGGAUGGUAUAGGGGUGGGAGGAUGUUUUAAGGUUCAAGCUUUUGAUCAUAUGGUUUUGGAAUCUGAGCUUAUAUGUGUCUUUUCGAUUGUUGGUUUUUUGAAAGGAUAUGACUUGUUUGAUUUGGUUUUGGUGCAAAAGCGAUUAUUCCCUGUAACCAACAUCGAUUUGUCUACCUGUCUCUUUGUUUGCCUUGUGUUUAUUCAAAAGUACUAAACUUUAUGCUGAUAAAUGUAUAAAAUCUUGACUUUGAG